AUGCUUAAAACAGUUGCUAAACGAUUUAUUGUGAGAAGAUCAAAUAAUUAUGCUAUUCGUAAUAUUUGUACGACAUCACCUGCAAGAAUAGCCGAAAAGUCACCAACAUCAGCAAGUGAGGAUGAGACCAUCAAGAUAACAUUACCUGACAAUUCCUUUCAAAUGUACAAUGCUGAAGCCCCCUCACUUGAGCUAGAAACUUCUAAAAAGGAAAUGUUGGACAUGUACACUCAAAUGUCAACAAUCCGUCGUCUUGAAAUGGCCUCAGACGGACUUUAUAAGGGUAAGAAAAUUCGCGGUUUUUGUCAUUUAUCAACAGGUGAGGAAGCUAUUGCUGUUGGUAUUGAACAUGCUAUUACCCCUAACGAUCAUGUUAUUACUUCUUACCGUUGCCACGGUUAUACAUUUCUUCGUGGUGCCUCAGUUAAAUCCAUUUUAGCAGAAUUGAUGGGUCGCUCAGCUGGUGUCUCUAAGGGUAAAGGUGGAUCGAUGCAUAUGUUUGCUCAUAAUUUUUAUGGAGGAAAUGGUAUUGUAGGUGCGCAAGUACCUUUAGGAGCAGGUAUUGCCUUUGCACAACAGUAUCAAGGAAAUGCUUCAACGACCUUGGCUCUUUACGGUGAUGGUGCUGCUAAUCAAGGACAAGUAUUUGAGGCAUUUAAUAUGGCCAAGUUAUGGAAUCUUCCAAUUGUUUUUAUCUGUGAAAAUAAUAAAUAUGGUAUGGGCACUUCAAACGAACGUUCAUCUGCAUCCAUUGAAUAUUAUAAACGUGGUGACUAUAUUCCUGGUAUUCGUGCUAAUGGUAUGGAUAUUUUUGCAGUGAAAAAAGCCGUACAAUGGGCAAGAGAUUGGACUAUUUCUGGUAAAGGGCCAUUAGUGAUGGAAGUAACAACUUACCGUUAUGGUGGCCAUUCCAUGUCAGAUCCUGGUACUACUUAUCGUACUCGAGAUGAAAUCCAACAGGUUAGAUCAUCCUCUGAUCCUAUCUCUCAUCUUAAAAAACUUAUACUGGAACACAAUAUUGCGACUGAAGCUGAACUUAAAGACAUUGAAAAGAAAGUCAAGAAGGAAGUUGAUGAUGCUCAGAGAGAAGCAGAAAACUCACCAGAACCCGAUAUAAAAGAAUUUUGGACUGAUAUUUAUGUGCCAAAUACAGAACCAAAAGCUAUUCGUGGUUGUGAGCCCACUGUUUUUCAUUAUUAUAGUUAA